ACUUGAUGCCACAGGCUGGUUCUGCCCCUCGCUUGUAGAGCACAAACUUCUAGCCCUGACCAGGAUCCCAGACGGACUCUGUAGUUUUUUGUCUGGACAGUCUGUGAAUGUGCAAGCAGGUGUCUGGCUGGCUUUGUAUUAUCACAGCAGUUCUCAACCUGUAGGUCACAACCCCUCUGGGGAACGCCUAUCAGAUACUUAACAUUAUGAUUCAUAACAGUAGCAAAAUUACAGUUAUCAAGUAGCAACAAAAUAACUUUAUGGUUGGGGUCAGCACCGAGUGAGGUACUGUAUUAAACGGUCCCAGCAUUUGGACUAGGUCAUCAUUUUCCAUUCACUUGGAAUUAUUUAUUUUCAUAUAGAGAUACCAUUUUAUUAGUCAAUUAUCAAAGUUAAUCAUGCACCAUACAGGUCUGUCACAUCUGCUUAAUGAAUCUAUUCGGAAAAUAAUUUUCUUGAUGGAUGUGUCUGCUAGAUACCCUCCCCCCUUUUUUUUCUUGUCUUUUUAAAUGACUGAGUUCUGAAUUAGGGGCCUUGCCCAUCAUGAGGCACACAGUGAGGGUCAUGGCAAGUUUCCCAGGUCACCCAGGAAACCAGAACUUCCUCAUUCCAUUCUGCAUCUUCUCCCCCGGAAACCAACAGUUACCACCUACAGACAGCAGAUUGGAUACGCUGGAGAUGUGAUUUCGCAUCACGCAGUGGGGCUGUCCCGCCUUCUUCACCUUGGAAGGAUAACAUAGAGUGCUCAUCCUGUGACACAUGCCGUUGGAAAAUCUAGGACUUAACAGAUGCGCCACAUGUGGACCGCCAUGACAUGAAUACCCUCAGCCUACCCCUGAACAUACGCCGAGGUGGCUCAGACACCAACCUGAACUUCGAUGUCCCAGAUGGCAUCCUGGAUUUCCACAAGGUCAAACUCAGCGCAGACAGCCUGAAACAAAAAAUCUUAAAGGUGACGGAGCAGAUAAAAAUCGAGCAGACGUCCCGAGACGGGAACGUGGCAGAGUAUCUGAAACUGGUCAGCAGCGCCGACAAGCAGCAGGCUGGGCGCAUCAAGCAGGUCUUUGAGAAGAAGAACCAGAAGUCAGCCCACUCCAUCGCCCAGCUCCAGAAGAAGUUGGAGCAGUAUCACAGAAAGCUCAGGGAGAUUGAACAGAAUGGAGUGACCCGAAGCUCGAAGGACAUUUCUAAAGACAGCCUGAAGGAAAUACACCACUCUCUGAAGGAUGCCCACGUGAAAUCUCGAACUGCUCCCCACUGCCUGGAGAGCAGUAAAUCGAGCAUGCCAGGGGUAUCCCUCACGCCCCCCGUGUUUGUCUUCAACAAGUCCAGAGAGUUUGCCAACCUGAUCCGGAAUAAGUUUGGCAGUGCAGACAACAUUGCUCACUUGAAGAAUUCCCUAGAAGAGUUCAGGCCAGAAGCCAGCCCCAGGGCUUACGGUGGAAGCGCUACCAUCGUGAAUAAACCUAAGUAUGGCAGUGAUGACGAAUGCUCUAGUGGUACAUCCGGCUCGGCUGACAGCAAUGGGAACCAGUCCUUUGGGGCUGGUGGGGCCAGCACUAUGGACAGCCAGGAGAAGCUUGCCAAGAUCGUAGAGGAACUGAGGCAGAUCAAGGUGACCCAAACCCAGCUGGCGGAAGACAUUGAGGCACUGAAGGUGCAGUUUAAGAGAGAAUAUGGCUUCAUCUCUCAGACUCUGCAAGAGGAGAGAUACAGGUAUGAGCGACUUGAAGACCAGCUCCAUGACCUGACAGAGCUGCACCAGCAUGAGACAGCAAACCUGAAGCAGGAACUGGCCAGCGCGGAGGAGAAGGUGGCCUACCAGGCCUGUGAGCGCUCAAGGGACAUCCAGGAAGCCUUGGAAUCUUGCCAGACACGCAUCUCUAAGCUGGAACUGCAUCAACAGGAACAGCAGACCCUGCAGACAGAUGCUGUGAACGCCAAGGUCCUGCUGGGGAAGUGCAUCAAUGUGGUUCUGGCCUUCAUGACCGUCAUCCUGGUGUGCGUGUCCACCCUGGCCAAGUUCGUCUCGCCCAUGAUGAAGAGUCGCUCCCACAUCCUUGGCACCUUCUUUGCUGUGACUCUUCUCGCCAUAUUCUGUAAAAACUGGGACCAUAUCUUGUGUGCCAUAGAAAGGAUAAUCAUCCCAAGAUGAGCCACUGGUUCCUGCCUUCACAUCCUCUCAAGUUUUUAUUUUGAAGACAAAAAUUCUGUGCAUACUACCAAAAUUUCUGAAUGAACGGCUGUGCCAAAGAUGGCGAGAAGGACCAGAGCUGUGUGGUGUAAAUAAGUAGUCUCUUAACCCAGUAGCAGUUGCCAACACUGUCCCUGUUCGUGGUUAACAUGAAACUGUCCCAGAGUUCCCCUCGAGUGGCUCACUGCCUUAAUCAGAGCCAAUCUCCAGCCCGCCUGUCAAGCCCGGCGCGGUAAAGCCCUGGCGAUUGAGCACCAUGAUUGCUAACAGCUGGGUUCUGAGUUCCCCUGACCAGCAAGAAUAUGGCAGGACUCGGGCAAGUGAGCCAACACAAGUUCUGGCAGGGUUGAGCUGGGGGUCUAUAGAAGCUCAGUGAGUCUCUCUGUGAUCCAUCCCACUUGUCCACAGGUGGCUCUGUGUCCUACUAUGUACCCAGUGUUCACAGCGGUCAAUGAUAUAUAUCCUCAUAACAUGGAAAUCUUCUACCUGCUUAUCCAGCGAAAGUCUGCCUGACCCAUAGCACUGCACUUUACAAGGUAGACACUAGGAUUUACAGCCGGGCUUUCCUCUUCUUAUGCCCAGGGCACCACAUACCUGAUUUCAUCUUGCGUGGCUAGCAGUGCCCUGCCCUCGGAGCAUCUGGCUGGGCUAUUGUCAAACUGUAGCUUUGGUAACUUGGGGUCCUUCGAGCAUCCCUGGGGAGGCAAUGCUCUGGCGAUUGUUAACUGUGAUAAAUGCCCUUAGAGGAUGGGGAUGCACUUUAUGUGAUUCACUUUACUCGCAGGUCCACGGGGAUCAGACUGCAAAGCUUGUUCAGGAAAUGAAAACGAAUGACGCUCACGCUGCCCAGUUUUCUUUUUCUCAGAGACUGCAAAAUCAAACUUCAUAAAGCUUCUGUGUGCCAGGCAGGACAGUGGAGACCUAAGAGGGAUGUGAACUUUUAGGUCUAAUCGAAUGGUGGCUAGAUCAGUGGGAGCCCUUUACCCAGAUGAGAGGAGGAGAGGGUCCCUUAGGGACGUGAAAAGCACCAGGAAUAAAAUGAAGUGCCGUGCUGGAGCUGGGCUGCUGCCGUCUGUCUCUUAGGUACACAGAUAAGCUCUGAGGUCACAGGAUAAUUGCACUGCCAGUGAGCAGAAAGUGUGCGAGAGCUGCUGUGUUUUGUUGGAUGGCUGCCCGUUUUUUUGACAGACCUGGUUUUCUGUGUACACCACCAAGAGGAGAGAGAAGAUUUUAUUGGAUGCUGUCAGCCAGCCCGGUCAGGACUCUGGUCCUCCCACCCACCUGCUGAAGGUGUAAAGAUAUUCUUAAAUACUUUCUUCCAGAAGACUAUCUCUUAGAUUUAACUAUCCUCACUUGCAAAUGGAUGUCCUUAGGGACAUUCCCUGGGGGUUGGGGUUGGCAGCGAGUAGCAAUUUAGUACAAGUCCCAGUUAUAUGAGUGAGACUCACACAGCGCCAACCUUUGCCCCUCUCCCACCCCCCACUUCGAAGUCAAUCACUCAUGAUUUCAGUACAUUCACAAAGUAUUUAACCAUCAUCCCUAAUCAAUUCCAGAUCCAUGCUUUUCAAAAAAUAAUAAAUAUAACUUUAUGAAAUACAAAGGAUUUUGAAAUCAGGGAUGAGGGAGUUCCCAGCACCACUCCUAUCUAUGGCUUUGUCCCUACAUAGGAGACAGGGG